CUCACAUGAUUUUCUCUAAUCCAAGACUUGGAAAUACGGGGACAUUGAAUCCCUCGCUCUGCACCACAGCACCAGCAUGGAGACAUCCAGCACAACUUUCCUACCCAUAUUCGGCCUCGGCUCGAUGGCACAGUCAGCUGGACUGGUGGAGAUUGCCGUCCGGCUGUGUUUGAACCAACGUAAACAAUUGUGUCCUCAUGUUUGGGUGCCCAUCCUGAAACCGCUGCGACCUUGCAUCCGCUCCGUACCUCCAAAACACGUAUCAUCUGACGUCCUACGCCGAGUCCGGGCAACCCAGAGUCUCGCGGGUUACCUCGACGACUUGGAUGAUUAUGACGACGAUGAUGUUUGGGCCCCCGUCAAAAACAAGCAUGUGGUUUUCGCUGACUCCACGGGCCGGUCGCUGACAGAUGUGCGAGUCUUUUCUGAUGAGGAGGACCACUGCGACCUGGACCCCCUGCCGUCCCUCCAGGGUUUGGCCGUGAUGACGGAGGCCGGUUACAGCUGCACGGUCAGCACCUGCUGCCCGGGAACGCAGCUCACGCUUGGCUUCCCGCAGCCCUCCGCUAAUUUCCAGGCCUUUCGAGCCAAGCUCGCAGAGAACAUGGUCACCCUGGAGAACUGCACGGUCACCGAGCAAGUCCUCAAAGGCACCGUCCGAGUCCAAAAUGUCAGCUUCCAGAAAGACGUGCGUGUGCGUAUCACCUUUGACUCGUGGCAGAGCUACAGAGACGUCCCCUGCACGUACUUGCAGCAGCGCUUUGGAGGGCCGCAAACAGACAUCUUUGAGUUUGACAUAGACAUACCCAAAGUGCUUGAUGCCAAGAGGAAGAUAGAAUUCUGCUUAAAUUAUUCACCAGGAGGGCAGAGUAAUACCUUUUGGGACAACAACAAUGGACAGAACUACACAAUUGAUGUGUGUGUGAGCUCACAUCUUUGUCACAGUUAAAGGUCAAACAAAG